UCAGGACAAAUCCAAACAGAUUACAGAGAAUAUUCAACAUCGCUACCAAGUAAUUCAACAUUUUAUACACAGGAUACGGAUUCUGUAAACAAUGGAGGAAACGACUAUUUUGGUCUAGUUUGAGACUUUGUCAUCUCGGGUCAAAAAAUGUUUCACUAAGACGAAUCACUGGCUAACCUUGGUGACAAUUUUGAGGCUUUGUAUUCCAUCUGAGAUAUAUGAACUUCACUACAAAUUUUCAUCUUUAUUAAUCGAGUUCAAAUUUGAGACUGUGACAGCGGGGAUAAAAAAGGUUACUAAGCCAAAUAAUAGGAAACAAACUUGUCAACACUCUAGAACGAAGUCAUGAGGACAUUACAUGUAAGAAUUUCGAUACACAGUAUGUCCCGAAUGAAUUUGAAAACGAUCCUUAUUUAUUAGACCUUUACCGUAAAGCAAUAUGUCAAGGUGAAGAAACAGACUCUACCGUCAGAGUAAAUGUUGUUGGUAACUUCGCUCAAGGGAAAACAUCAUUGACGAAACGACUUUGUAUGCAAAACACUGAGGGUGUCGAAAGCACAAAUAGUGUUGAAAUAAAUCACUGCAAAUAUGAACACAUUGAUGACAAUGUUGUUUUCUAUACAAAAGAUACAGAGGAGGAUGGAAAUGAAGUUAUAAACCGUAUUGUCUCAGUCGCACAAUCAGAAAAAGAGAAACAGGUUUAUAUGCAGGCAGAUCAACCACAGACCAGUUAUGGUCAGGGUUAUGUUUUCCAAGAACCUUUACCAGAAGCGUUACCAUCUGCAAGUAAUGCCAACUAUGUAAACAUAUUUUUCACAGACGAGACAUUGGAAACACACAACAGAGAUCUUGAGCGUUCAAUGCCAAUGCUUGACACAAGUCCAGAGUUACCAAGGAAUUUGGAUAAAGGAUAUGUCAAUUCUAUACAGAAAAAAGGAAAGAAGGAUAUCGGAAUACCCACUCUAACACGAGAUGAACAAAAGGCAUUUUCAAGGCUUCUUGAAUUAAAUCCAAAUAAAAACAACAUAAGCAGAGAUCUUGAAAUCUGGGAUUUCGGGGGCCAGUAUAUUUUCUACGCGACACAUACUUUAUUUCAUAGUAGGCGUGCAGUAUAUCUGUUGGUAUUUGAUUUAACAACUCCAUUAGACAAAAUCGUAAGGGACAUGGAGUAUCCUGAUGAAAACAGAGACAAAAACAUGGAACAGUACGCAAGAUUUUGGAUGAAUUCAAUACAUACGUAUGUUGGAUCUGAAGAUGCUUCAGAACCUCCAGUAAUUCUGGUGGGAACACAUAAAGACAAAUUAAAAGGAGAUGAACGCACAAAGCAACGAUUUAAAGAGGAAUAUUUUGAGAAAGUUAGGGAAUUGUUUGAAGACUCAGUAAUGAUUAAUCACAUUCAGCCGGCAGAUUUUGCAGUUGAUAACACUCGUCCUGAAGAUACUGAUAUUUUGGAAUUACGCAAUGAGAUCAUACGUGUUGGAGCAAAGUAUGCAAAAGCCAAAACCAUUCCAGCCAGGUGGAUACCAUUAGAAAGAGCAUUAAACAGAAUCAGAAAUGAGAAGAUAAUAUCAUUUGCCAAAGUGAUGGAAAUUGAUACAGAAAAUGAAUUUCCACUGAAGGAAGAGGAACAGGUUAAGUUGUUUUUACAUUAUCACCAUGCGAAAGGAACACUCUUUUACUUUGAUGAAGAACCAAUCUCUGCCUACGUGGUGCUGGACGCACAAUACCUUAUUGACGCAUUUAAGUGUAUCGUUACAUCAAGAAGAUUUUGCAGAAAGGACCCAUCAUGUCGACAUCUUUGGAAUAUUUUUACAAGACAGGCGAGGCUAGAAACUGAGCUUAUUGAGAAACUUUGGGGUAUGGAUACGGACAACGAUUUUCUCAAACACAAAAGCGAACUUCUAAUGUUUUUGCAAAAGCAUCUGAUCAUAUCGGAAGCCUCGGUCUAUGACGAGGAUUCCAAGAAGUCGGAGGGAUUAGGCUGGUACGUAGUUCCAAGUUUGCUAAGAGACCACAGUUCUGAAGAUACACUGAAGGAAUUUCUCACCGGAAGGCAUCAAUCAUCUGUUAGGUUCGUUAUGUCAUUUUGCGAGUCUCCCCUUGUACAAGUUGUAUAUCAUCGGCUCCUUGCAGCGUUGAUAGGAAAAUGGCCUGUUGUUCACAUGGCGUCAUCACGAAAGAAGACAUUACUGUAUGAAAAUCUAGGAGUAUUCAGAUUGGAUGACUCACAUGCUGGAAUCGUAGAAUUCAAACACAGUGACAUUGAUUUGCGGGUUCUCAGUCUCUGUCCUUCCUCAUAUGUUGACCACGAAAUCGCUGACAAGUUCCGGCGCUUUUCAGAAUCAAUAGUAAAAAACGAAUUUAUGAAAUUGCGCAGUUCAGCUAUAAAGCCGGAAAACCCUUACACAUCAUGCUUCAGAUGUAACAACAAAAAGCAUGGCUUAAGUGGAGGCACAAAUAAAAUGCCUUUGGAACACAUUCGAGGCAAGAAAUUGGAACCUUGUCCAGACAUGAAGAGCCAUGAAAUAUAUCCCAAACAAGCACUAUCUGAAUGGUUUCGAGACGACAGAGUGAACAAGUUGAAGCCUGAUUGUCAGCUAAAUGAGAAACAGCUUAGUAAGAUCUCUCAAACAGUGGGAAACAAUUGGGAAUUGCUAGGUUCGGAACUAGGACUAAGCGAUGUACAACUCCAGCGAAUAGCAAUGGACUAUCAAACUUCCGAUAUGAAAAUCUAUAAGAUGCUCUUAAAAUGGAGAGAAACUAAAGAAGAAGGGGCAACCCUAAAUACACUCCUUCAUGCUAUGAAAGCUGUAAAAAAAGUUUAUAUCGAGUGGGAUGAGAUUCAAAAUAUCGUUGAUGAAAUUGAAUGUGAGCGACUCUAGACAUAAUACAGUCCAGAAACAAAAAGGAAAGGAAAAGAAAAUAGCAGUACUGGUUGGUGGGAUAACUGAUUAUCCAUUUUAGUUCCUAAAAUUAAGAGUCACUCUUGGCUAGAAACACUGAAAAUAUUGUCGAAAUCUAUCAAUAAGUAUUUGUUGCAUUUACGUUACACUUGAUUCUUUUUAAAACAUCGCCAUGGAAACGUCCGAGAACUUCAUAUCCAGGCAGGGAACACAAAUAAUUGAUAUCGUUUUAUAAACAAGUGGAAACCAAAUGUGACUUCAGCUAUAACUAAAUCAAAUGAUCGGUCAUGUAGAUAUUACCCUGCAUUCAGCGGUAUCAUAAGAGAUAUACAACAUUGAUAGACAUUGAACGAUUGACGGAGAAGAGUAUAUGUAGAUUGCUGAUAUCACUUAACUGAUCAGUUCCUGGUCUAUCAAGUGAAUGAUAUACAGGGAAAUAUUUUUUUUUCAUAGAAUUGUAUUAUUUGAUUUUAUGUUUUAUAAAAAAGGUUAUACCAAAUGAAUCUGCAUUGGUCAGUUUAUAGUACUUAUAACAUUUAUCACGUGUAUUGAUAUUGACAUAUUAUCAUAUUUUGAUUAGCCAUAUCUUGUUUGCUAAAGUUCCGUAAACACCUGAUGAAAAGAAAAUUAUAAUGGAAAUUAAAAAUGUGUUGACAAUUAACUUUUACAACCAUUUUUCUCAGAGUUUGAGAAAUAUAUGCGCAAAUGUAACAUAUUUAAAUGUUACUAAUAGAAGAGUAGACGCGUAUCAAAUAAAUUUAAUAUCUGCCAAAUAUCAGAUGAAAAAUUAAUUGUUUAACAUUCUUUUCAAAAUUCACUGUUUUUGAAAAACACAUACCAUCUUUUCACUGUUUAAAAGUAUACUAUUUUUGAUUGAAAUAUAUACUCUCACAGUUUCACUCUAUUUCACGUUUAAGUGUGCUUGUUCAACAGCACAGUGAAUCUAAAGAAAUGUACACCAAUAGCUCAGAGGCAAACUAUUGUUUAAUUGAAAACUCACAAGUUGGUUAUUUCCUCCUCAUUUAAACUAAAUUCGCCGUAUAAGCCGUGUUAAUCAGAAAAAAAUAAAUAAUGUUUGUCGUACAAAUUAUUUGCUAUUUCGCGAAUUGUAUGAGGAUAACACAUGAGUAUUACGCGCAUGGCUGAUUUUCACGACUAAAUAUUCAUUCUUACACAAUUAAACUCAUUUAUCUCAGUCAUAUAAAAGAAAGCUAGUCAUCAAAAAUAGGCAAACUAAGGAAAAUACAGGCUUAUAUAAAGGGCUUUUAAAGAAGGCAGAUCUCCAAAUCAUUAUUCAAUAGUUAGACUCGGUGCUUCAUAUGGGGUUAUCCUAUACCAUGUACAGUUAGGUAACCCAGUAGCAUACGUUCAAGCUAAUGUCUCAGAUUAAUCAUGGGGUAUUCCCAGGAAAUCACGGUAAAUGAUUAUGGUGGAAAAGAGAAAUGUUAAUGAUAAGAUACAUCUCAGAUUCCGUACAAUUACUUUUAGCUUUAAAAAGAAUUUCUAUCAUUUUCUGUCAGGCUUAACAUUUUCCAAGGACAUAUCAGUAUUAUCAAAGACAGGAUUGUUUACAUUUAACUUUUGAACAACAACCAAGUUCAAGUUUCCUUUGCCUUUUUUUAUUUCUACUCCUUUACUAUUUGGCAGCGAACUGGACGCUUGCCCGUAUCAAAUAUGACUGUCUAAGGCCAAAUGAUAAAGCCAAUAUGAAAUCAUUUAAUUAAUCACUAGUUUAUUAAUGAACUUUAUAAUAAUUAUAAAAAGAAGCUCUGUCGAGUUUCAUAAUUAGUGAUUAACCAUAAGAAGUCACCAGAUAGACUAUUUCAUUUUUUAGGAUUCCUGAAUGUAAAUGUCGACUUAAUGUACAGUCAAACUACACUCGGAAAAUACUCGAUGAGAUGUGAUAAAAACAAAAACAUCAAGUUGCAGUCGAGCGCAAGUCCAAAAUUAAUUAAACGCAAUACCUGGCUAAAUUUUACAAGACGGAACGCCACUUGAUAGUAUACUGAAUAAUUCGUUUAUUAAAUCCAACGGCCAAGGAAGUUUGCAUUCAUCGAAAUAUCUUCCUAAAUUCAGUUAUUCCAAUAAACAAUCUGACUAAAGUACAUCUCCGAUUUACGCUACGCUUUUGAUCUGAAGACGUGCUAUUGAUAGACUCGUUCUGACGUCCCUUUCGCUGGCCAAUCGGAGCCUUGCUUUCAACAUUUUGAAAGUGAAAGUAGAAGUUUAAAAAUCUAUAUUUAGCCUGGCUUUUUCAUGUUUAUAAAUCUUAUGACGACCACAUCAUGACUGCGCCCUCGUGUUUUGAGAGGUAUCGUAUUCAUCAUAAUAUUAUCAUGAUAUUAAUGAGUUUCUUAUCUAGUCACCGUUCAGUUCGCAUGCGCGGGGAGACAUUUCUAGCGUUUUAUCUACACCUCAGUAAUAUUAAUAUCUGUUAAAACUGUGAUACAUUAAAAACCCGGUGAUAGGCAUUAAACACCCGGGGGUAGUAAUAAGAACCCUAAUGUUAGACAACAGGUCCUAGAAGAUUUAUAUUAGAACACCGUUGAUAGGCAUUACAACCACGCUGAUAGGCAUAAGAACCACGGUGAUAGAUAUUAGAACCCCGGUGAUAGGCAUUAGAACCCCGGUGAUAGUAGUAAGAACCACGGUGAUAGUCAUUCGAACCCCUUUAAUAGUAGUAAGAACCCAGGUAAUAAACAUAAGAACCCCGUUGAUAGUCAUUAGAACCUCGUUGGUAUUUGAAAAGGCUCUGGUAAUAGCAGUAAGAACCCCGGUAAUAGUAGUAAGAACCCCGGAGAUAGCAGUAAGAACACCGGUAAUUAGAAGACAUUAGAACCCCGGUAACAACCCUAGUGAUAUUUUAGGAAACCAUGCAUUGACUAUCACCAGUGUUCCUUCAGCUAUCACUGGGGUUAUAAUGCCUAUCACCAGGGUUUCUUACUACGAUCACUAAGCCCAAAUUUCAUGAAAAUACUUAAGCUUUUUAAAUGACCUAAGUACGUUAAUUUGCUUACGUUUUCACUUUUCGUAAGCAAAUUAACGUGCUUAAGGUUGUACGAGCGGUUUUUUUUUUCAGGAUAUCCGCCAUUUUGAAAAAUGUUUCUUCGAAUAUUGCUUUCUAACAAAAGUUAUGACAAAAAUUAAUGCUAAAUAGUUAAAAUAUGUCUAAUAAUGUACCAUUUAACCAAAUAGAUUCUACUUUUUGAUGUAAGAUUUACAAUGGGGUAGGGGUAGUUGAUUUCAAAUAUCUAUUAAAGUAGUUCAGGUUUGGUUUUAAUAUUUACCUAUGAUAAGCUAUAAUUGAAAUAAACGUUUUCAAGAUAGAUUUUUAUAUUACCUAGAAAAUAUAAAUUUUAAAAAAGAACAAAAAAUACCAAAAUUCACCAGUUUUUAACAGUUUUUUCUUAAUAAAUCCCUUAGAUGCACGGUGACCCCAACUUUUUUUCAUUUCGUUUUGAAGCAUUUGAGUGUUUCAUUGAAGCUGCAAAUAUUUUGAAAAUCUUAACGUCAGAUUUUUUUUAGAUCUAAAUACGUUUUUUUCCGUUGAAAAUAAAGUGAGUGGGGUAAUUAUGUCAACAUGUAAAACUGAAAGAGAUUUGUUAGUGACAAUUAUGCUUAUACAAUACUAACAUCAUCUUACAUUCAUAGUAACCUGAAGGACUUAAAAUCCCUAUAACAUUAAGUGGGAUAUUAUAUGUUUUAUAAAGUACCACCAUUUUUAAAAUUUCACAAAAUUCCAGAAAUGCUUAAACAAUGGGUGAAGAAAAUGCCCUAUAAAAUUAAAACGAGUUGGAUGACCAAUGUUUUUUCUUCUCUUGUUUGUCUUAGAAACUAAUGUUCUUCAAGCUCACGGAGUAUGAAAAUAUUCUUGACGUUAGAAAAAAUUCGUUCCUACAUCCUUAAGUCAAUUAACAAACUUAAGAAUCUUCGUAAAAUCCGGGCCAGGGCUCUAAUAUCUGUUGUUGUUGUGUCUAUCACCGGGGUUGUAAGCACAUCACUUCGAUUCUUACUGCUAUCACCGGGGUUGUAAUGCCUAUCACCGGGGUUUUAAUAUCUAUCACUGGGGUUCUAAUGUCUAUCGAAAGGGUUCUUAUGUCUAUCGCAAAAGCUCUAAUGUCUAUCACCAGGGUUGUAAUGCCUAUCACCAGUGUUGUAAUGCCUAUCACCGGGGUCCUUUUUUGGUAUCACUGGGGUUCUAAUGGCUAUCACCGUGGUUCUUACUGCUAUCUUAGGGGCUCUGUUGCUUGCCACCGGGGUUGAAAUAUCUAUCAUCGGGCUUCUUAAAAGUUCUUUCCACUAUCACCACGGUUCGAAUGUCUAUCAAAGGGGAUUCUCUCCGCUAUUACAUGGGUCGUACUAUCCAUCACUGGGGGUGUAAUGACUAUCACCGGGUUUCUUAUGCCUAUCACAUGGGUUCAUACUGAUAUCACCGGAGUUCUAAUGCCUAUCACCGAGGUUCUUACGACAAUCAGCAGGGUUCUAAUGUCUAUCAAGGUGGGUUCUUUCUGCUAUUACAGGGAUUUAAUGUCAAUCACUGGGAGUCCAAUGAAAAUCAUCAUGGUUUCUAAUGCCUAUCACCGGUGUUCUUUCUGAUAUCACCGGGGUUCUUCCUACUAUCACCGGGGUUAUUACUGCUUUCACUGGGCUUCUAAUAUCUAUCACCAGGAUUCUUACUGCUAUCACCAGGGUUCUAAUGCCUAUAACCGGGAUUUUACUGCUUUCACUCAGCUUCUAAUGCCUAUCACUAGGGUUCUUACUGCUAUCACCCGGGUCCUUACUGCUAUCACCAUGGUUGAUUCUAAUGCCUAUCACCGGGGUUCUUACUGCUAUCAACGGGGUUCUCAUUCCUAUCACCGGGGUUCUUAGUGCUAUCACCGGUUUUCUAAUACCUAGCAAUCAUCAGGGUUCUUACUGCUACCACCUUGGUUCUAACAGCAGGGUUAUAAUCACUAUAAGUAUCAAGGGGGUACUGUUGUCUAUCAUGAUCGCUUUUACGGCUAUGACAGUUUUCUUUUUUACUUCUCUAAAGCUCUUCUGUCUCUCACCAGGUUUUUAGGUAUAGAGCUAUAUCGAAUUGAAAUUAAUAAAUUAAUAUCACAGAAGUUUAGAUAAAACGCUAGACCUGUCUCCCUGUGCAUGCCUACUGAACGGUGCUUAUCCCGGUGACAAGAUAGGAAACGGAUCACUAUAAUACCUCAUUGACGCCAUUUUGAUGGCUCAGCCAAAUGCUUGUUGAAACGAGUCGUCUGAUUGGUUCAAAUAAAAAUAGAUUUGCGAAAAUAAAAAUAGCAAUAUCGGAAAUCCAAAUAUACAGAAAAGAUUAAUGUGAAUGGGUCAUCCUCAGAUCUUUGUUUAGAAGAUCAAGUACUUUAGUCAGAUUGUUAAUUAAACUAGCGCUUAUAUAAAUUCAGUCUUCUAUUGAUUAAAUUUAUUGUAGGUAAUUGGUGCACUAAAUGACUUAUCAUCUGUAUCCGUAAUCAAAUACUAUCAGUAAGUUUAUUUAGAUGUUAACGAAACUUUUAAAAACGUUCAAUAAAGAGUCUGUUUGUUCCAAAGAAAAAUCCUGAUAUUGGUUUUCAGCCGAGUUGAUGAACCUUUUAAAUUUAAGGAAUGUGAUGCUUGCCCGGGAAAUCCUGCAGCAAAAUAUUGCUGAUUAUUCUCGUAAAACUUCGACAGUAAGUGCAGUAUUACAGUUAACUGAUAGAAGUAUUUUCGUAUGGAGAUGAUUUGAUGUAUAAGUCAUUUUGUUCGAAGAUGAGACUAGUUGUUAAUCCGAGAGAGAUAAAUGCAUAUUAUAUUAGUGUAUGAUUCUAUAUAGUAAAAUAAUUGAAAACAAUGCAAAGAAACAAACAAAAAAUAAAUAAAUAAGGAACGGGAUUUAAAUGCAUGUAAAGCUAUGAACAAAAUAAGCAUUGUUAGAGUGAGUAUUUGUUCAGGUCUUUAGUAUAAGUGUGAUUUCUUGAGUCUGGUUAUAUUUUAACAUUCAGUCAACAAUUCAUAAAAGUCCUAUAUCUACAGAAAUAUAGCUUUAUAAGGUCAUCGUAUAGCUGACUGAUUUAUGUGUUUUUCAUCUCCAAUUAUUGAUACUCAGACUGUGUAAUAUAUAAUCGUCAUAUUGGUACAAUUUUGUUUUUCUCAUCAUCCACAUUGUUAGAUGUUCACAACAAGGCAUACCUUGUAUUUAUUUGUUUGUUAUAUUUUCGAUUUUGUUUCGUUUUGGUUUUUUAGAGCUCUGCUUAUGUUAUACAUAUUUAUUCAUGCCACAUGUGUAAUGUUACGUUUAUCAAUUUAAUUCUGUGCGUUACGAAUGGAUGAAAUAAGAAACUUGCUAGUUGUAAUGUUGUAAUAGGAAAUCUUUUUUUAGGGAUGGCAUCGUCCUAUUAUGCAAACAACUUUCAGUUUUCCCAUUGCUUUUAGUUCGUGACAGAGUUUUUGUAUUGUAUGAUAUAAAUGUUGCAUAUGCCUUCUUGGUAUUCGUAAAAAGUUUAAACUGUUUUUGUCCUCAAUCUGUCUUGCGUAAUGAGCUUAAUUAAGAAAACUAUUUCGUAAAGUAUCUUAGUAUGGCAUUGAUGUGCUUCUCUUGUACAAUAUUUUUUCUUAUUAUAAAAGCUAUACUUUUUCAUAGUUUAUGUCCUUAUCAUGCGGUAUAAUUAUACAGAUGUACGAGAAAGUAAAUGAAAGAGAUAUUUCUGUUUCAGUAUUAGAUGAUGGUAUUUACACCAAAGCUUAUAUAUUUGUGUUUUUUUUUAUUCACAACGAAGGAAAAAUCAUGUUAUUAUAAUACUAUAUUUUAUUAUAUACCUAUAUAUAUCCUUCAAAAGUACGGCUUGUAUUUCACAAGCAAAUAUGAACAGGCAGAAAAAAGUUCCGUAUUUUACAUUUUGCCGGAAUACUAUCAUUUCAUACGCAUGAUCUACACAGUUCUUUCAAAAUAGCGCACAUACAAAAUUCACUUAGUUAUAUAACAUCGAUAAACAUUGAAGGUGUCGUUUGAUAACAAAGAAACAAACAAAAAGGUGGAGGUACAUAAUAAAAGGGUCAUUAUAACAGUACCUAGGUCUGGAAUUUAGUAUUCGUCUCUCGUGGAUUUUGCAAGGUCGAAUAAUACACAGCGCUCACGCGCCUCGUGAGGUCCGAUCUGGCAAAAUCCAUCCGAGCAGAAUAAAGCAUCCAAAAUCGAGCUGAUGCUAUAAUACCCUAUUAUAUUAUAUAUCAUUGUUUAUCAAUCUGGCUUUUAGGCUGUCACGUUUCGUUUCUUAUUGGAUCUUUGCCCUGUUUAGUUCCAUUUUUUUUUGCCAUUUGUUUGUCAUUUUUCAAUAAAUUUAUAUAUACCUGAAUAUUUUUUAAGAAGAUAGACAUUUUAGAAGUUGUUGACGUCACCUGAGAAUAUUAGUUUUGUAGAGCUUUUUGAAUUCAUAACAAUACAGUGUAAUUUUUAAUCGAAAUUUCCUCAAUGCAUGUAUUUAAUAAGCCCUCUUUUGUUAUGUAUGCUUUCCCUUUCAUUACAUACAAAUAUCGGGAAUUUCCGUCUGUUUACGUAUUCCACGUAUACAAUUUCGGCAUUCUCCGGUGGCAUUGAAGAAUAUUUCUAUUAGUGCCAAGGAUGCCGAAAUUGAAUGUGGAGGAUAUUUUAUCGCACGGAUAUUGCCCACGGUUAUUAUGGUUUCAUUACCUUAACAUUCAGUCAUCAAUUCGUACAAUUGCUGUGUUUACAGAACUUCCGCUUGAUAGGGUCAUCACAAAGCUUAUUGAGUUAUGUAUCUUUCAUUUCGGAUCAUUGAUACUGUGUAAUUACAUAUUUCGAUUUUUGAUACAAUUUUUUGUUUUCUCAUCAUCCACAUUGUUGAAGGCAUAUCUUGUAUGUAAUUGUUUGUUAUAUUUCGAUUUUUGAUACAAUUUUUUGUUUUCUCAUCAUCCACAUUGUUGAAGGCAUAUUUUGUAUGUAAUUGUUUGUUAUAUUUUCCGUUUUGUUGCGUAUAUAUUUCGAAUUGAAUCUGGAUGUUUGAGUCAGUUUUUUUUUAAAUAAAUAAGAGAGAGAGCUCUAAAUAUGUUAUACAUAUUUAUUUAUGUCAGCGUUUAUGAUUUAAUUCAAACAGUAACUGAUCAUGACGUUUAGUUAUGAAUGGGUGAAAUAGGUAACUUGUUGAUAUAAAUAUUGAUGUAAUGCUGUGAUAGGAAAUCUUUUUUAGGGAUGGAAGAUAUUUUCCUCAUAACAAACUGGAUUCCUGAUAAAUUAAGCAACAUGGUUUUGUUUAGCAAACAAUUUUCAGUUUUCUCGUUGUUAUUAGUUUGCAAUAGUGGUUUAUACUGUACUUUCUUCCUCAAAUCUGUUUUACGAAGACAUCUUAAUUAAGAAAAAUAGUUCGUAUGGCAUUGGUGUAUUUAGCAUGUACGAUAUGUUGGUAAUGCAAACAAAAGAUUUAAAGCUAUGAUGUUUCGUAAGUUGUUUAAUAGGAUUAUUAUAAUAGUAGCUCGAUCUUUGAUGCUGUAUUCGGCUGGAGUGGAUUAUACCAGAUUGGAUCUCACGAGGCGUGCAAGCGCGGAGUGUGAUCCGUCCUUGCAAAAUAUACAAAAUUCCAGGUGUGGCUACUGUUGUAAUGACCCUUUUAUUGUAUAUCCCAUCUUUUUGUUUGUUGUUUUGUUAUCUAGCGCAAUCUUAAAAAUGUCGGUGUUGAAAUAGAUAGGAGUGAAGUUUUAUAUGCGCAAUUUAUAGAACUGUGCCAGGCCAUGCAACAUACACUACAAAAAGGAACAAUAAGGAUUUUGUCUGCCUGUUCAUAUUUACUUGUGAAAUUCAAGCUGUAUUUUAUGAAGGAAUUUACAUAAAUAUAUUUUGUAUACUGAUGAUCGAAAAAGGAAAUGGAAGCAAUAUGUCUGUUUCAGAAUUAGAUGAUAGUAUUUAACACAAACCUAAUAUGUUUGUGUUAUUUCAUAACGAAAAGUAAAAUCAUGUUAUAGUAAUACUAUAAUUUAUUGUAUGUAUCAUUGUUUCUUAAUCUGACUUGUUGGCUGUCGAGUUUCGUUUCUUAUUGGAUCUUUGUGCUGUUUAAUUCCAUUUUCAGCCACUUGUUUGUCAUUGUUCAAUAUUUUUACAUUUACUUGAGAAUUUGUUUUAAGAAGAUAGACAUUUUAGAAGUUAUUGACGUCACCUAAGAAUAUUAGUUCCGUAGAGUUUUUUAACUACAUAACAAUACAGUGUAAAUUUUUAUCGAAAUUUUCUCAAUACGUGUAGUUAAUAAGUCAUCUUUUGUUUGUGUGUGCUUUAUCUUUAAUCACAUACGAAAAUGACUCAGGUAUUAAACAGGUUUAGUAGAUUUACAGUUAUCGUUUUUUUUUUUUCAAAUUAAAACAAGUCUUUACCAGGUAAUUUUAUGCAUUGAUUAAAAUAUCUCUAUACUUACUUUUCAAUUUGCCUCUAUUAGAGGAUGGACUUUGUCGAAUUACAUUUUAUGUAAAACAAACAAAUACUGUUUCGGUUAAACAAAAAUAUGUUGUUUUACAUUUUCAUGGUGACAUAUUACAAGUCUCUUCUUUAUGAUCCUGCAAAAGAAUAAAACUUAUUAUUAUGCAUUAACCAUUCUUUCCUUUUUCAGGAAAAGCAUAAGAUAUUAAUUAAUAUAAUAUCAUACAACGUAUAUUGUCUUUGACUUUAACUUACACGUUAUCGUUUAAGUUGAUUUAUCAUAUAUGCAGUAGAAAAGCAAUCAUUUUCAUAAACGUCUAUAUGUAAGCCUUAUCUUUGGAAUUGGAUUUGAAAUGAACUAAAAGUUUUUUUACUAUGUUUGUCGAAACUAUAUAUGAGUCGUCACACCAUUUGGUAAAGCUUGUUAAAUUACAAAUCAUUUUAAUUAAACAAAAAUAUAUUAUAAAUAUUCUUAAAAUUGUGAGGAAAUGUAUUGUUGCUUCUUUUUUAAUGUUUAUUUGGAAGUAAAUGAUACAAAAAAAUGUCUAUAACGUUUAAAGUAAUUUAGGACCAAACAAUAGCAGAGGGCGCCAAUCUGUCAUUCAUUUUUGUCAAGAUGGGUUUUGUAAUGGACAAUUAGCUUUUAUAUGUCAGUAAUGAAUUUGAUGUCAGUUAUGUCCCUACAGUAUUAUACAUACUGAUGUAUGAUCAGGAGAUGUCGUAUAAGAAAAGAAAUAAUAAUGAAAAAAUUUAAAUCAGACGAGAGAAAUGACUACAUCGGUGAAAUCGUAAUGUUGAAUCAUGAAAUAAUCAUUUUAUAUCGUAGAAUAUGUGUGAGCUAUGUAUUAAUCUAAAAUAGAAUGUCAGAAUACCGUGCUAUAUUGAAAGUAUCUUUAUACAAUUGAUUAUUCAUGAGUCUAGAAUAACAAGUCAUGUGAUUUUUUUUUAAAUAAAACAUUAUAUCGAAAUAGUAUAUAGCUGAAAAGUGUUUCAAUCAAAUUUAAACAUUCCAAAAUGGUUAUAUGUUACACGGCAUAAUUCACCCGUGCUUUUCCCGCAUGAAAGUAUUCCAAGGGACGUAUAAACUGAAAAACUGAUUGAAACAGGCUUAUGGUAUAUAUUAUUUCUUAAUUAUUCUAUAUCAAAUUGUAUUUAUGUUAUUAAUUAUAAUUCAUGUUUAUCUUGUACAAUGUGAAUCUACCACGUGAGUAUUAUAUAUGAAAAUCCUAACCGAGGUUGAUGAUUUUAUCCAACGAGAUUCUACCGAAUUUUUGGACUUAACUUAAACCUAGAUUUUAACACCUUGUUUGGCUUGAUUCAUUAAUUUUCUCAUCUUUCCUAUCAUUACAAUAUUCAUUACUCUGAUGGACUCAUCAUUGAAAACAUUUACCAGAUCGUAUAGUAACAGUGACGACAUAUAGCAAAUUACAUCUUUUAACAAUGACGUCAUCAAGUGUACAGAUAAAUACUGAUUUUCAAAACCCCACUUCUAUCGGGCACUGUAUAUGAUAGGCGUAGCGUUGAUAAUAUGAACACUUAUGAUAUAAAAUUGUCUCACCUUUUACACAAACUAUUUCGAGUAAAAUACCGUUGUGAGUAUAUCGCUUGCCUUACACGGGUCACGAACUACUUUAUAUUACUACUUCUCUUAUUAUGCUACACAGUAGCAAACAGCCGUAGCUUUUAAUCAAUCAAAUUUACGUUCACACUUCCAAACAUCGUUAGUUCUAUGAUAUCACGCAACAGUGUGUUCGGUAUUUAUCUCCAGAUUUGAUAUUAAAUUGUCGGAACUGUUCGACAGUAAAUCUACCACAUUGGUUCAUUUAAAUGUGGUAUUACGUCCACCCUAUGACUAAGUCAAAGCGAUACUAUUAUUAUUUUGUUUGGUUGGGUUGCAUUCUAUGCCUUGAAGUAAUCCUCUUAUAGAUUCUUUUAGGGAUAUUCCUAAAUCACGGAAAAAUCUCGUUCUUAGACAAAAUCUCAUCCUCGGCUGGGAUUGUCUUUAUCCACAACCCACGGGCAUGGUAGAUUUGUGUAAUAUGACAUGUUUGAGAUAUGUGAAUACAGUUUGACUAAGUAUUUUGAAAUGAGAGCAAUGUUAGAACUUUGUUAUUCCUUAUGGAUUUGUGUCUUUCUUUGAGAAUGUUGUAGAGAAUGUGAUAAUAAAUAUACAUUCAUUA